UCGAUGGAGAAAACGUCGCGUCGCUUCGGACCGCUAUCAGUGCUCAGUGGUAAACACGUCGCGAUCCUGCAAUCACGCAGCAGAACAUCUCGAGGAUAUCGCGUGACGGGCCUCUGUUAACACACACGUGAUAAUUUACUGGCAGGAAUUUUACGAGGUUCCCCGCUGUUAAUGGUGUCCGGACCGGCUGGAGAUGAUUAACUAGGGUUAUUGAGAAGGUCACCACUCCCCAGACGCCUCCAGGUACUAACGUCCAAAAUGUCUUUGGCAGACCCUCGAGCCAACAGAGCCCACUAGAUGACCACUGAAGCAUUGCAAUAAUCGAGAUGUCGUGUCCAUUUCGACGUUCCUCGAUGUCCCUGCAGAAUGGCGGAGCAGCCCUCAAACGCAGCUUCACGUCGAGGCAGAACUCCUUCCAGGUGCAGCCUGAGGACCAAGAAGAAGAAGACAGAAAUACUCUCAAUCUGAAGCACCUAAACGAAGCUAUACUCUCUCUCACAGCGCCAACGAAUGAAGCUAUCCAGCAGGCGUUGGCAUCUCUUAUCCUCAAGGAGACGGCUGAAAAUCCCUAUAGAUAUUGUUGCCUAGACAGAUUACCAACGAAUGUAACGAACUGCUCACACUACGCCUACUUGGAAGACAUCUACGACAUCAUCAAAUCAGAAAACGACGUAGAAGAAACGAUAUUUUUCGAUAAGCUGGGACAAGAACUGAUAGCCUCCUCGUGCUCGGGCCGGAUGGAGCGCGCAUUCAUGUGUCUGGGGGGCGAUCUGAAGGAGUUUUUAACGACCCUCGACGGCGUUCACGACGUGUUGAAGUACCAAGAGAUUGGCCACGAGGGAGAACACGAAUCUGAGGCAUUCGUAUGCACGGCGAGUGGGGAAGGGAACCUGCAGCUGGAUUUUACGACCGACAGACCCGCCGUGGCGUUUUUGCUCGUCGGGAGUCUUAAAGCGAUCGCCAGGAUAUUGUACUCCACCGAGGCGGAGGUGACGAUCGCGCAAAACGGGGCAGACGAGAGGCAGUUUAGAUUCACAAUCCGGUCAGUCUCACCAUCAACGAAACAGAAGCUGUUCAGCAGAAACGCCUUAGAGUCGACAUUCAUGAGCAGUAAACUUCAAAUGGGCGUCGUCACUUUCUGCAAAGCUUUUCCCUGGCAUUUUGUAUUAGAUCGUCGUCUAGAACUGGUGCAGCUAGGCAGUGGUUUCAUGCGCCUUUUUGGACAAUUCCUGUCUACCCACGGAACCUCCGUUGCCACGUACUUCGAAUUCCACCGACCACGCAGCAUCACGCUAGCUUUCAACGAGAUCAUCAAAAGAGCUAAUACUCCUUUCGUUUUAGCUAUCCGGGAACUUCCUGGAGCCACCUUGUUUCCUGCUGAGGGUCUGCAACUGAAAGGCCAGAUGGUAUAUUGUCCUGAAUCUCAUUCCAUUCUGUUUAUUGGUUCGCCUUUCAUUGACGGUUUGGAAGGACUGACCGGAAGUGGCCUCUUCAUCUCCGAUAUUCCACUUCACGACGCAACAAGGGAUGUUAUUCUAGUGGGAGAACAGGCGAGAGCACAGGACGGCUUGCGGAGAAGAAUGGAUAAAUUGAAGAGCUCCAUCGAGGAGGGGAACAGGGCCGUCGACAAGGAACGGGAGAAGAAUGUCAGUUUAUUACAUUUAAUAUUUCCGCCUGACAUCGCCAAGCGGCUCUGGCUGGGCGAAGCCAUCGAGGCUAAAACCCACGUUGACGUGACGAUGUUAUUCAGCGACAUAGUCGGCUUCACAUCGAUCUGCUCCACAGCCACUCCGAUGAUGGUGAUAAACAUGCUGGAAAAUUUAUACAACCAAUUUGACGUUUUCUGCGGCCAAAUAGACGUUUACAAGGUGGAAACAAUUGGAGACGCCUAUUGCGUGGCAGGUGGAUUGCACAAAGAGACAAACACGCAUGCUCAACAAAUCGCGUGGAUGGCUCUAAAAAUGAUUGAGGUGUGUUCUUCCCAUCAGACACAUCAAGGACAGCCAAUAAGGAUGAGGAUAGGCCUCCACACUGGAUCAGUCCUCUCAGGGGUGGUAGGGGUGAAAAUGCCACGCUACUGCAUGUUCGGCCACAAUGUGACAAUCGCAAACAAAUUCGAAUCGGGAAGUGAACCCCUCCGGAUAAACAUCAGCCCCACGACGUUUGUGAGGUUAAUAAGAGCCGGCGGCUUCACAACAGAAGAGCGUGACCACGAGUGUCUCCCGAAGGAUUUUCCCUCCUACAUCCCGGGAACGUGCCACUUCCUCGUGGGAUACAACCACCCCGACGUCGACGAAGACGCUCCGCUGGCUAGUCACAUCGAGAAGGGGAUGCUCGAUAUAGGACUGAAAUGGGAUCAUUCGUUGUAAGACUGUUCCGGCAUAGCAAUAUUUGUUUUAGUGCAAUAAGAACGAGAACUAUCUGAUAUUUGUGAAUGUAAAUUCGUUAUUUGUUUUAUUGGUGUCAGGUGUGGAAUGUGGAAUCAGGUGUGGGAUUUAACGCUCCAGACAACGAUUCAAGUUGGAAUGCUCAAUCAACACUAGAAAGCGCUUUCACAGCUCGCCGUAUACCUCAUCCGAAGCGCUAGGCUGCAUCACCCAACUCAACUAUCUUACCUAUAUCCACGGAUAAGAAAGAUAAACGAGGCUACACAAAAUUUGACUUUGCAACAAACAGCCCUCGAGAUCUUCAUUCGUUUUUGAUUAAUUCUUCCAUCGAUCCCAUAGCAGGCAAAUUCAUAAGAGGGAAUGUCAUCGCCAUUUUUUUAUUGCAAAGACAGUUGAGUAAAACUUUACAUUCAUGAUUCAGUCGAGCGCAAAACCAAAUUCGUGUUGUCUUUCUCAUAAAGGCAACUAGUUGAAGGCAGCCCCAGAACCAAAGCACUCGUGAUUCAAAACCAAACAGCGCUCUGUCGACCUGCUAUAGGUCUCAUCAAUAGUGCUAGGCUGAACUAUGAAUGCAUUGUUGGAUUCAAAUGAAGUUAAAGCAAUAACCUGACUAUAAAAUUGCGUUUGAUCACGAAUGCAUUUUUUGGUUCUUGUUUGGACUGGAUGCCGCGCAGUGAAAACAGCGAUCGAUGUCAAAGCUUGACUUUGCAACGGAUUGCCUUUGAGUGUCGUUUAUCUCCAUUAUUCGAUAAUUGAAUUUUUGUUGAUGCCAGUCAAAUAGUCAGAAUCUGUAAAAAAAUUAUAACUGUCAGCAUGGCAGUACAUAACUGGCAAUGACACAGUUACCUGAAAAUUUCAAAAUAGUUCAUUCACGAAUGUUCAAAAGUAUCGAUUUCAAUUUUGAAAUAGAUAAAUACUUAUCUAUUUGAAGACAACACAAAACGAAAAUGUGAUCCUUACCUUCCAAGUUUCUCACAAUGGAAAUCAAAAAGCCAAAACCAACGCAAUUGCAUCCUUUCUCCAUCACGCAUAUCGCAUCGGCUUGUGAGGAAGCUUGAAUUUUUUUCUCGCGCAAUUUCGAUGGAAGCAUUAAUAAAUCAUACAUAGUUUUCAUCUACAUGGUUUGGGUGACUUGGUAGAAAAUUAUUAAAUAAAGAAAAAAUUUAUAAAUAGUAUUUUGUAGGGAAAUAAUCGUAUUCACGUAUUUCUAAUUCAGAAAUUCUAUGCUAAAAUAGAUGUUUAACACUACCUACACAGUAGGGUGUGGUAAACGUCUGUCGAAAAACAACUACU